UCCACUUCCAUUUAUUCGUUUCAUUGAAGUUAAAUAUCCGUGUGUUUUUUUUUUAAACCAGAUUGUCCUAUUAUACUGAGUGUUAUUAAGUAUCCUAAGAAAAUGGCGUCUGCACCUCCGGGUCAAGGUUUUCAGAAUAAAAACAGAGUUGCCAUUCUAGCUGAGCUGGACAAGGAGAAGAGGCGUUUGAUACAAAGCCAGUCCAUGAAUAAUCCAGGGGCUAGUAUUCCUCUAUCGAGACCAGCAGUGAAUAAAGACUUCCGUGACCAUGCAGAACAGCAGCACAUUGCAGCACAGCAGAAAGCAGCUUUACAGCAUGCACACGCUCAUUCGUCUGGAUUCUUCAUUACGCAAGACUCUUCAUUUGGAAACCUUAUACUCCCUGUUCUGCCGAGACUGGAGGCAGAGGGAUGAGAUUUUGCACAAGUCUGACACUAUCGGUGUAACAACUCCUUAUUGUGGCUUUAAACCUUUGUUUAUGUAAAAUCUUUG